AGCCCCCCGCCAGCCAUGCUCCGCCUCGCCGCCGCGAGAUCGCGGGCCCUCCUCCUGCCCCGGCCCGACGUCGCCGCCCUCUCCACCCCCUCCUCCUCCUACUCCUCCUACGCCCGCGGCGCCCCCUCCCCCUCCUCCUACGCCUACCGCGCGGCCUCCUCCGCGGCCGCCGCCGAGGAGGCCGCGGCCGCUGCGGCUGCGGCGGCGUCCGGCGCUGGCGCGGAGGCGGCCGCCGCGGCGCCGCCUCCCCCCGCGGCCCGCAAGGGCUGGGUCAGGGGCCUGCUCAAGUUCGGCGUCUUCGCGGCCUUUGCCGGAGCCAUCGGCGGCGCCGGCUACGCCACCCACGCCUAUUCGCUGUCCGAGGUUGACAAGAAGACCCUGGAGUUCAGGAAGGAGAUGACCACCCCGAUCCCCGUCGCGGAGGACGCUUCAGAAUUCGAGAAAUUUCGGGCUAGGGCUUACGAAACAGCUAUGAAAGUUCCUGUUGCAGCGAUAGAGCUUUACCUGGAAAUUAGGGCCAGAAUUGAAGAUCAUGUUGUGGGCUUUACUGAACCCGCAUCAGACAAACUGUUGCCAGAUUUACAUCCGGACGACCAGAAUAUCUUCACCCUAGUUGUUGAUCUGACUGACACUCUUGUAUGCAAUGAUUGGCAGCGUGAGAGAGGUUGGAAGACAUUCAAGAGACCAGGAGUUGAGGCUUUUCUGCAACAUAUGGCAACCAUGUAUGAAGUUGUUGUAUAUUCUGAUCAAGUGCAAAUGUAUGUGGACCCUGUGGUUGAAAGGUUGGACUCAACGGGUCAGAUACGCAAAUUAUCAAGGCCUGCAACUAAGUACCAAGAUGGUAAACAUUAUCGGGAUUUGUCAAAGUUGAACAGAAAUCCUGCGCAAGUUCUUUACGUCAGCGCACAUGCUCUUGAAUCCUGCCUGCAACCUGAAAAUUGUGUUACAGUCAAACCCUGGAAACUUGAAACUGAUGACACUGAAUUGCUGGAUCUGAUUCCAUUUCUUGAGUAUCUUGCCAUAGCAAGGCCUUCUGAUAUUCGGGCAGUGCUUGCUUCCUAUCAAGGUCAUGACGUUGCUAAAGAGUUCCGUAAGCGUAGCAAAGAACUGGAGAGGCACAAGCAAGCGAAGCAACGCAAGAGCAUAUGGCGGCGGUGAUGGAUCUGAUCUGCUGGAAGGACAAAGCUCCAAAUUGACCUAAUCCUAGCUGCGCUUGUUUUUUGUUGGAAGGAGAGCAUAUCGAGACUCCUGUGCAAUUGCGUUUCUAGUCAAAUGGCUUGGUAGUUUGGGCAGUUUAGGUUGCCUAACAUUACGACUGAUAUCAGCACUCAUCCCAUCUUCUUAUAACGAUCUCCAUUUCUUGGGCAUCCCAUUCCCAUGUGAAGAAUAGGCUAUAUGUAUAGCACACGGUCUCUGUUAAGAGUUUGAGACCACGCCACCAAGUUUGCCUUA